GGUGCAAGUCAGCUGGGCGAUCAGAAAACAAACACGCUCCUGCAUCUUCAUCAAUAUAUGAUCAUUAGCAGAGUGACAGCUGUCAUCAGACAGACACAAGCUUCUGUUAACCGUUUCCGGUGAAAGUUUCGUCUUUAUAUAUUUGCAGUGUGGAAGUGCAAACAAAAUGUGAGCAGGUUCAUUCCUCCUCGCGUCUUUGAGUCAAGAUGGCUAAUGACUUGGUCUCCUGCACAACUGGAGGGCGAGGGGCCAUUUGCUCUGCUCAGCCCUGUCCCAGACAGAAAUAUUACAGCAAUGGUCAUUCACAGGGACUGCUGGAGGGGCUCCUGAUGCUGCGACAAGGGGGAAUUCUGUUUGAUGUGGUUCUUAUGGUAGAAGAUAAGCCCAUUCAAGCUCACCGUAUCCUUCUAGCAGCUUCAUGUGAUUAUUUCAGGGGAAUGUUUGCUGGAGGUUUGCGGGAGAUGCAGCAAACUGAGAUCCCUGUUCAUGGAGUCACAUACACAGCAAUGACUAAACUUCUGGACUUCAUCUACACCUCUGAGCUGGAGCUGGACCUGGACACAGUGCAGGAGGUGUUGUGUGCAGCGACCCUUCUACAGAUGCAAGAUGUGAUUGGCUUCUGCUGUGACUUCCUGUUUUCCUGGCUGGAUGAUGAAAACAUCCUUGAGGUGGAGAAGCUAGCUGACAUCUAUGGCCUGAAUCAGCUCGGGGAGAAAAUUCGCUCCUAUCUCCUCAAAAAUAUCCAGACGUUCUCACGUACACCAGUAUAUCGGAAACUACCUGCAGAAAAAGUUCUGAGCAUUCUGUCCAGCAAUGAGCUGGAGGUGAGCUCAGAGAAUGAGGUGUUUGAAGCAGCCCUGCAUUACCAUUACACACCUGAUCAGGUGGAGAAGGACCAGGUGUGCUUACAGGAUCCAUUGCGGAUGUUGGAAGCGGUGCGGUUCUGCCUGAUGGAGAAGCACGUCCUACAGCGUUUGCAUAGUCGAUUAAAACAGUGCUCACUGCGGGACUGUGUGGCCGCUGCUCUGCGUUACCACAGUCAGGAGCUAUGGCAGCCGGUGAUGCAAACCCCACUUACUCAGCCACGCUGCAGCACCCAAUGUAUUCUGGGCUUUGGCGGCAUGUAUUCAUCCAGUGCACUUGCGGACAAUGAAGAGCGCUUCCAGGUGUUCCAGCCCUCCUGGGGGGAGUGGCGUAGUCUCACUGCAGAUCGGGCUCCUCGCAUGUCCAACAUGGGAAUUGGGGUGCUUAAUAACUUUGUCUACUUGGUUGGUGGAGACAAGAACUCAAGUGGUUUCCGUGCUGAAUCUCGAUGCUGGCGGUACGAUCCUAGGCACAACAGCUGGUGUACGAUUGAACCAUUACAACAACAGCAUGCGGAUCAUUGUGUCUGUGUGGUUGAUAAAUAUAUCUACGCCAUAGGAGGACGUGAUUACACUAAUGAAUUGGACUGUGUUGAGCGCUACAACCCUCAAACCAACACUUGGGAAUAUGUGGCACCAUUGAAACGAGAGGUAUAUGCCCACGCUGGAGUAGUGAUUGAUGGGAAGAUCUACAUAGCGUGUGGUCGCCGGGGAAUGGCCUAUCUGAAGGAGACCUACUGUUAUGAUCCCACUGGCAAUCACUGGAGCAUAUGUGCUGAGGGCCCGGUGGAGCGCGCCUGGCAUGGAUUGGCAGCACUGAAUGGCCGGGCUUAUGUCAUUGGAGGAAGCAACGAUGGGUGCGGUUACCGACGAGACGUCCUCAAGGUGGCAUGCUACAACCCAACAGCAGAUGUGUGGUCUGUGGUGAGCCCAUUGCCUGCUGGACAUGGAGAGCCAGGGAUGGCCGUUCUCGAUGGAUGCAUAUACGUCCUGGGUGGAAGGUCGCACGAUAAGGGCAGUCGCAUGAAGUAUGUACACAUUUAUAAUGCAGAGGAGGACCAUUGGGAGAACGGAACAGCCCUCGAGGACCGCGUAUCAGGGCUUUCAGCCUGCGAGGUUCUUCUGCCACAGGCAACCGUGGCCCAUGCACGCAGCUGGGAACAGAGAGCUAAAGCAUCAUGGGAGGAGGUAGACUGGGACGACUCUGACAACUCCAGUGAGGACUAAUGGUGUUUGUGCUAUGCAAAUAGUGCAUACAUAUCAAAGUGAGGAAAUUAUAUAUACUUUAUUAAAUUCAAGAAUCCUAAGAAAUUCCAUAAUCAUGUUUUUUUUUUAAUGAAGAGUUAUGGGUAAUUUAUAAAUGAAUGUUUAAAUCUAAAAGACUGUUGGGCCUGUUUAUAAACAGCUACAAGUAUAUUGGAAUUGUUCAGGUUCUUAAAGGAAUAGUUCACCCAAAAAAUACAAAUGUAGUCAAAUUUUCUCACCCUCAUGUAGCUCCAAACACAUAUGAACUUGUAUGAAAAAUCUUCACACUGCUUUUUUCCAUAAAAUGAAAAUGAAUAGUGACUCCACGCUGUCAAGAACCAAAACGGAAAAAUAACACAUUAAAACACAUUAAAAGUAGUUGAUACAACUCACAUACUUACUGUAUUUACAAAGUCAAACAGGCUUUGAGCGAUAUGAGGAUGAGUAAAUAAUGAAAGAACUUUCAUUUUUGGGUGAACAAUCCCUUUUAAGAUUAUUUAAAGGUAUAAUCCGGGGUCAAUACAAGUUAAGCUCAAUUGACAGCUUUUGUGGCAUAAUGUUGAUAACCACCAAAAAUUAUUUUGACUCGUCUGUCCUUUUCUUUAAAAAAAAAGAAGCAAAAAUUGAGGUCACAGUGAGGCACUUACAAUGGAAGUGAAUGGGGCCAAUUUUUGGAGGGUUUAAAGGCAGAAAUGUGAAGUUUAUAAUUUUAUAAAAGCAUUUGCAUUAAUUCUUCUGCUAAAACUCAUGUAUUAUUUGAGCUGUAAUGUUGUUUAAAUUGUCAUUUUAGGAUUUGUAGACAACAUUGUCAUUGCAAUGAAGUUAUAAAAUUGGCUAUAACAUCACACAGAAAAGGUUAGCGAUUUUAAUGGUGAUUUUAUCACACUAAAACUAUGUUAACACACAUAUUGUUUAUGUCUUGUGGCUAUACUUUUGAAACAGUAUUUUAAUGUUUAAAAAAUUGGCACCCAUUCACUUCCAUUGUAAGUGCCUCACUGGAACCUCAAUUUUUGCUUUUUUAAGAAAAGGAGGAACGAGUCAAGAUCAUUUUUUGUGGUAUUAAAUAUUAUGCCGCAAAUGCUGUAGAUUGAGCUUAACUUGUAUUGAACCCAAAUCACACUCCCACGUAUUGGUGGUUAUUUUACCUACUGGAUGAAUCUUACAAAGAAAUAUGCAGGUUCAGGUCAUUUCACCCCAAAAUCAAAAGAAAAGUAUAAGAAAUGUAAUAUUUAUAUAAAGAAAAUUACACCUACUUUAAAACAUUUUUGUGUUGUGACAUUUUUGUCUUGGUAUUUAAAAAAAUUGUGAAAAACGAUUUAAUUUCCAAUUUAAAUUUUUUAUUUUAAUUUCCAUCCUCAGCAUACAGUAAUGAAAAUCAUCCUGUCUAGAUACAAUGUUUUUAUUAUAUAAUUAUAAUCAUCAUAAAUUAAAUUCAGGACAACAAAUAUGAGGUUUCGGAUGAUUCUAUUUACAAAAAUAUUUGUACAAUUUAUAAUAUGCUACUGACAAUUGUGUGUGUAGAAGGAUGCUUAAUUGUCAUGAAAUCAAUUAAAGGUUUAAUUAUUUAUUUAUCGAUUAAUAUUAAUUUUCUUUGUACAAAAUUGAAUUUCCUGAUAUUUUGGUUUUGGUUUUGGGCUGAAAUAUGACCUGGAGAUUUCUGGACUGUUUUUGUGAGAUUCACUUUGACUGUUUUAGCUUGUUGUGCCAUUGUAGUCAUGUUGACACUCUUAUUUCUGUUCUGUUCUGAACUUGAAUGACUUCAGUGCAACUAUAGGAAACGGUUGGUGAUGCUAACACUAUACAUGCACUUUAUGAAUAGAGGUGAUCUGGUUUUGUUUUAAAUGAUUGUGCCUUUACUGAUAUUUUUGGUAAGUCCAAUGCCUUUUUAUUAAUAGAUUUGAUUUAAGUGCAAUAACAGGAUUUUAAAGUUUUGGAAGUGGUCAACAGGAUCAUCUAGUGAAUGCUGAAAUGCUAGUGUGUGUGUUGGCUGUUGGGUGACUCCAAAGAGAAAUGGUGGAUUCUGCACAAAUGGAAAGUUAUUGAUUUUAACAGUGUCGACUGUUAUUUAAGAUUCCCCCAAUUUAAAAUGUUUUGAAAAGCAAAUAUGUUUCAUGAAAAAUCCCUUUAAGUAAAAUAUUAUGAAGGGGACUUUAAGUACUGCUUCUCACAAUUAGCUUUUUGUAGUAUUUGUUUUCUUAAUGGAAUAUAUCAUACUUAAUGUCACUUAGGCUCUACAUUUCUGAUUUCUUUGUUGAAUGUCAUGAUCAGGAUUAUUAGCAUAAUAAAUCUUUAUUACAAAUCUUUGAAAUAUUUUUGUUAUUCGCUGAUUAUUUUAUUUUUGUGCAAAAUAUUCAUGAUGUUUCUUAUUAAAUACAAAUAUACUUUCACUUAUACCUUAAUGGUACAAUACUUAUUUUCUGACUGUAAUUGCUAACACCAAUUCAUCUAAUUUCAUGUAACACUUUGAAGAAGAAAAAACUGCAACUUUUGUGUUAUAACUACAUUGUCGUCCGUUUACAAUGUAAAAGGUCAUUAAUGAGCAUUUAAAGAGGCAAUAAAGAGGAGUCAGUUGU